AUGUCUGGAAAAAAUCCAACGGAUGACAUAAAUCUUAUUGUAUAUAAACGAUAUUUACGAUCUGAUGGAAGUCAGUCUUUGGAAAUCGUUUGGGGAUCGGUCGCAAACAAAGCAAUGACAAGUUGGAGGAUCGUGGGCAAAGUGCAAGGAUCGAUAUUGAUUGUGAUUUUAUAUUCGGUGAUCCUCCCGAUCGUGGUACGAAGCCAAGCCAACGAUGCAACGAUCAAGAAGAAUCUGAUCCUGAAUCCUUACAAAAUCGUCGAGACCAAUCAAUACUCCCUUCUAAAAUUCUUCAAUUCUUCUCCAAUAUUUCCGUCGCUACGCUCUUUCUCUCAAAUUAUCGAAAUUUCUAGCAACAUUGGCCGAAGAGUGUUCGAUUUCCGGAAGAACGGGAUCAGAGUGGAUAUCAGAGUGGUGCCGUCUUCGAAGAACGACUCGAUCAAGGACGAUGGGUUCCCGGAGUUUCCAGCGAUGGAUAUAAACCGAUGCGUCAUCGAUCUCUCGUUGAUCUGCGCGAGGAACCGCCUCGGCCGAUUCCUCGAGUCGAUUAGGAGCAUGAACGAGAUUCACUUAAUGGGGCAAAACGUUAAACUGGUGAAAACCAGGGCGAGGAUCGGUCGUGGCAGAUUCGUUAACGAGAGUAACGACAAUAUAGAGCGCAGCGUCAACGAUUUCUUUGACACGUUCGCCUUGAGAAUUACGUUACCAAGGUGGAGUGGGAAUCGAGAAAAGAAUCAGAUCGACGUUAUGUACGACGAGACCGAUAUUGUGGAAGGUUUGUCAGAUUUUAACGUUUAAUGAAUAAUUAACAAAAUAAUAUA